ACCGUCACCAACAUCAGUGACGCAAUAGCGCUCCCAGAUCCUUUCCAUCAGCAUCCUCCAACGCGCUUGGGGCAUCCACGACAAGGCAAUUCCGCCCUGUGCUCUCCCGUGAUGCUUCCGCCGCACGCAGAUCCUUACGACGUUCCUGCUUCACCGUUGAGGGCCAAGAAUCGCACAAUGGCCACCGAUACACCCUCCAAGGACGGCGACGUCAUCACCGCUCGCGACAAGGCUGUCGAUGGCCACAAGGCGUCGCCCGCUGCUAGAAUCGGAACUCCUCGGGGAACCCCCAGAGGCACCCCCAGAGGAACUCCUAGAGCAACUCCCAAGAUUGCUACCCCCGCAAACGACGAAAAGCCCGAUCGCUCCACUCCCGCCGCCGCCGAACCGACCGAGCCGAAGAGCAUUGAUAAGCGCAACGGAGACAAGGACGCUCAGGUGAAUGGUGAUGCUCCCGCCGCAUCCGCCGAUAAGCCGGCCGAGUUUAGAGAUGAUGUCGAGAUUGACGAGUUCGUCGACCAUCGCGUCGACGAGGCGACAUCGACCGUGGAUAUCCAAGUAAAGUGGGAGGGUGGUGAGACUACCUGGGAGACGGAAUGGAGUCUGCAGGAGCAAGUUCCCACGCUCGUCUUCAAGUACUGGGACAAGCUCGAAGGACGCGAUACUGCGACCGGCCUGGAUAUCUACCACGUCUUCAAGAUCCUCAAGCGCACUAGCCUUCCCGGAAAGUCCAAGAAGCCUCAGUACAUGUACCAGGUCCAGUGGGUUGGAUACCGCCGCACCGACUCGACGUGGGAGCACGAGGACAAGCUGAGAGAGAUUGCCCCGGCUGAGCUGGAAAAGUUUGAGGCCAAGGAGUUGGCGAAUGGAGCGGUUUCUCAGAAGCGCAAGAAUGCACGUGGUCCUGGACGACCACGCAAGAGGGCGAGGGCUGACUUGGACUGA